AAGAGGGAGGGCCUUCAAUAGAAUGUUUUUAUUUAUUUCUUUGUUUCUGGUACAAGAAAAACAAUAUCAGUCGUGCAUUUGGAGAGCAAUGCACAUCCGUGCAUCCCAACAAACAUAAUCGUUUACUGGAUAUACCCACUAUAAACAGUAAGUGUUAUCGAAAAGGGGGAGAAUGAAGCGGCGCAAUGCGGACUGCAGCAAACUCCGUCGCCCGUUAAAACGGAACCGAAUCACCGAGGGUAUUCAUAGCAGUACCUUCUUGUACCUGAAAUUCUUGGUGGUGUGGGCGCUAGUGCUUCUGGCAGACUUUGUGCUGGAAUUCAGGUUUGAGUACCUGUGGCCGUUUUGGCUCUUCAUUCGGAGUGUGUAUGACUCCUUCAGGUAUCAGGGACUGGCAUUCUCUGUGUUUUUCGUAUGCGUUGCAUUCACCUCAGAUAUCAUAUGCCUGCUCUUCAUCCCUGUCCAAUGGCUGUUCUUUGCCGCCAGCACAUACGUGUGGGUGCAGUACGUAUGGCACACAGAACGAGGAGUGUGCCUACCCACUGUCUCCCUGUGGAUACUCUUUGUCUACAUCGAAGCUGCCAUCCGAUUCAAAGACUUGAAAAACUUCCACGUUGACCUCUGCCGCCCUUUCGCCGCCCACUGCAUCGGCUAUCCGGUGGUGACGCUGGGCUUUGGCUUCAAGAGCUACGUGAGCUACAAGAUGAGGCUGCGCAAGCAGAAGGAGGUGCAGAAGGAGAACGAGUUCUACAUGCAGCUGCUGCAGCAGGCCCUGCCGCCCGAACAGCAGAUGCUGCAGAGGCAGGAGAGGGAGGCAGAGGAAGCCGCCAACAAGGGUGCCUCGGACAGCGACUCCACCACAGCAGUCUCCCAGAACGGUGCUCCGGCCUCUAAGAAGCCGCCCGUCACGCUGCCCGAGCUCGAGUACAGAGAAAAGGGUGGCAAAGAUGGUGGCGGCGGCAAAGACAAAGACCGCGAAGCCAAGAAACAACAACAACAGCAUCAGCAUCAGCAGCAACACAGCAUAGGCAUCAACAACAACAUCUUGCACUCGGUGGACUCCAAACUCCAGGAGCUGGAAUACCUGGAGAACCACCUGAGCAGCAGCAGUAACAGCAGCAAGAGACUGAACAAUAACGAGCUGGCCGGCAGCGCCGAGAGCCUGCUCGUCAACAAGGACGAGGCGGGCUCCCCUCCUCCUCCAGCCCAUAACAAUAACAACCAUCACACGUCCACUUCCUCCUCCUCCUCCAAUAAGAACUAUAAAAACGCCACAGGGGGCGGGAGCUCGUCGCCGCGCAGCCACAGCUCCACCAAUGGCAGCGUGCCCUCGUCGUCGGGAGGAGGCUCGUCGUCGUCCGGCGGCUCCUCGUCCAAUAAGAACGAGAAGAAGCAGAAGUGCUCGGGCGGGAAGAGCCCCGCGGCGCACAAGGAUACCAUGGAGAACUGUAUCCCCAAUAACCAGCUCAGUAAGCCGGACGCCCUUGUACGGCUGGAGCAGGACAUUAAGAAGCUGAAGGCGGACUUGCAGGCGAGCCGGCAGCUGGAGCAGGACCUGCGCAGCCAGAUCAGCUCCCUCAGCAGCGCCGAGCGCAGCAUGCGCUCCGAACUGGGCCAGCUGCGCCAGGAGAACGAGCUGCUGCAGAACCGGUUGCACAACGCGGUGCAGGCUAAGCAGAAGGACAAGCAGACCAUCGUGGCGCUGGAGAAGCGUCUGAAGGCGGAGCAGGAAGCGCGGGCCGCGGCCGAGAAGCAGCUGGCUGAGGAGAAGAAGAGGAAGAAGAUGGAGGAGGCCACGGCAGCGCGAGCCGUCGCCCUCGCCGCAGCAUCCAGAGGGGAGUGCACAGACUCUCUGCGCGGGCGCAUCCGUGAGCUGGAGUCGGAGUGCAAGAAGCUCACGCAGGACAUGAAGCUGAAGGAGGAGCAGAUCCGAGAUCUGGAGGGCAAAGCACAGGAGCUGCGCAAGUACAAGGAGAACGAGAAGGAGACGGAGGUGCUGAUGUCGGCGCUGUCGGCCAUGCAGGACAAGACCCAGCACCUGGAGAACAGCCUGAGCGCCGAGACGCGCAUCAAACUGGACCUCUUCUCCGCCCUGGGUGACGCCAAGAGGCAGCUGGAGAUCGCACAAGGUCAGAUCAUGCAGAAGGAGCAGGAGAUCAAGGAGCUGAAGCAGAAGAUAGCGGAGGUGAUGGCGGUGAUGCCCAGCCUGUCCUACAGCAGCGAGGCCAACAGCAUGAGCCCCGUGGCGCCCCACUCCUACUCCUCCAAGUUCAUGGACACCAGCCCCUCCAGCCUUGACCCCAACGCCUCCGUCUACCAGCCCCUCAAAAAGUGAACUUUGACCCCCCCCAUCCUCACACACACACACCAUCCCCUUCCAUCUAUCCAGCCAGCCAUCCAUCCAUCCAUCUUUACUUCCUUCCAUACCUCUGAGAGAAGGUAAAGCAGCCGCUUUCUUCUCACAACCUCUACACCAGCCCUCCUCCUCCCCUCAUUCCCUCCUUCCAUUCCAUUUUCCUUUGUUCUGUUCUUGUUUUAUUUCUCUACCCAAUCUUUUGUUGUUCACUUUGGUUACAACUUUGACGAGGUUUUUGUGUGCUUGUGUGUGAUUGUGAAUGUGCGCUACUGCGUACGUGAAUGUGUAUG